AAACAUGUUGCGUAUCUCAAUUUCAUAAAUAAACGUGGUUGACAACACAGUGACCGAAAUAAUUAUAAUAAUUUUUCUCAAUCAAAAGAAUAUGUCUACGGAAAAAAUAUGUCAAUUUGACCACACAAAUGAAGAGGAAGAUUUGGCAUGUUCAUUGGAACGUGUUGGGAUAAGUAAAAGAAAAGGUAGAGGACAGGUUUCAUCAGGCCUUACACAUGAAUGUGGUGUUUUUGGAGCUAUAGGCUGCGGGGAAUGGCCGACAAAUUUGGAAAUAUCACAAAUUAUAUGCUGGGGAUUGGUCGCCCUCCAACACAGGGGUCAAGAGUCUGCUGGAAUAGUGACAAGUGAAGGAACUUGUUCCAAAUCCUUCAACGUAGUAAAAGGCAUGGGAAUGAUUAGUAAUAUAUUCAAUGAUGAAGCAAUCAGACGAUUGAAAGGAAGUAUAGGUAUUGGGCAUACUCGAUAUUCCACCAGUGCUGCAUCUGAAGAGGUGAAUUGUCAGCCAUUCGUUGUGCACACAGCUCAUGGCGCAUUAGCAGUGGCACACAACGGAGAACUGGUCAAUUGUGAUAGUUUGAGAAAACAAGUAUUAGAACACGGUGUUGGACUCUCUACUCAUUCUGACAGCGAGUUAAUAACUCAAGCUUUAUGUUUGAAUCCUCCAGAGGGCGAACCAAAUGGAGAACCAGACUGGCCAGCUAGGAUAAAGCAUUUCAUGGAUUUGGCCCCUCUCAGUUAUUCACUAGUCAUUAUGUUGAAAAAUCGGAUAUAUGCAGUUAGGGAUCCUUAUGGUAACAGACCUUUAUGUUUAGGAAAGAUAUUACCUUUUAACGAACCUCUGGAUGGAGAAUGUGACGAGAGCAGAGAAGCUGAGGGGUGGGUGGUUUCUUCUGAGUCAUGUGGGUUUUUGUCCAUAGGGGCCCAGUAUGUCCGAGAAGUAUUUCCUGGAGAAAUUAUAGAAAUGACUAGAUAUGGUAUUCGCACAAUUGACAUUAUACAAAGACCUGAAGAUAAGUUGCAAGCUUUUUGUAUUUUUGAAUAUGUUUACUUUGCUAGAUCUGACAGCAUAUUUGAGGGUCAAAUGGUGUAUGCUGUGAGAAUGCAGUGUGGCAGGCAAUUAGCUAUUGAACAUCCAGUGGAAGCUGAUAUCGUCAGUGCUGUUCCGGAGUCUGGCAAUGCUGCUGCCCAUGGAUUUUCAAGACAGAGUGGCAUCAGAUUUGCCGAAGUUCUUUGCAAAAACAGAUAUGUUGGCAGAUCUUUCAUACAACCGAGUAACCGUUUAAGACAAUUAAGUGUUGCAAAAAAAUUUGGUGCCUUAGCAGGUAACGUAAAAGGAAAAAAAGUCAUAUUGAUUGAUGAUUCUAUUGUUCGUGGAAAUACCAUCGGACCUAUCAUAAAGUUACUCAAAAAUGCAGGAGCCAGAGAAGUCCACAUAAGAGUAGCCAGUCCACCUCUUCGGUACCCUUGUUACAUGGGAAUCAAUAUUCCAACAAGAGAAGAACUAAUUGCCAAUAAACUAACUCCACGAGAGUUGGCUAUUAAAGUUGGAGCGGACAGUUUGGAAUAUUUGAGCUUGGAAGGGCUAAUAAAAGCAGUUAGAUCCGACAUAAAAACGAAAAAUGCUCACAGCAAUGUAGGGCAUUGUACAGCUUGCCUCUCUGGUAUCUAUCCAGGCGGCGUCCCCAAUACUAAUUCUGACUAUGACUGGUGAUUUUAGAGAAGACUGUUGAUAAAGGAAAAAUUCAAUUCGUUGAUAUGAAUUAUACACUAUAUGUACUAUACACUACUAUGUAUUCCUUUCAAAAUAUUCGAAUUGUAAUAUUGAUAUAUUUAUAUAAAAGUUAUAGAACUUGACCCAAAGUCUAAAUUAGAUGUGAAUGAAUA